GCUGUGAAUCAGCACGAUUUUCGGAAUCACUAUCGCCGCCGUGGCCGCUCUCAUCCUUCUACCAGUGGUAGCUCGUGGAGUGGUGGAUUGUUGCAAGAGAUUUUUGCUGAGAAAUUUAUUGAACUUAUUAAUAAUAUGCAGGAGCAGGAUAUUCCGAUCGACAUUAAUGCUGGAAAGCUAUUGGAUUGGCUGAUUAAUCGGAGGCACUGCAAAAAGGACUGGCACACGAACAUUUUGACUAUCAGGCAAAAAAUUAAUAAUGCGAUACAGAAUAUGCCUGCUCAUGACGACGUUGUUUCAUUACUGUCCGGCACUUAUAUAAAUUAUUUUCAUUGCGUGAAAAUUAUAGAAAUCUUGAAAGAAACGGAAGCAGACACAAAAAAUUUAUUUGGACGUUAUGGCUCACAGAGAAUGAAGGAUUGGCAGGAAAUCUUACGAUUGUAUGAAAAAGAUCAUGUAUAUCUUGCCGAAGCUGCACAAAUGCUUAUGAGAAAUGUGAAUUAUGAGGUUCCCAGUAUUAAGAAACAGAUACAAAAAUUGGAACAAUCAUUAAUUGAAUUUGAAAGGAAAGAAGCAGAAUAUAAAAAAUCAGAAAAUAUUGCACAUACAGAGUACAAUGCACUAUGCAAACAAUUAGGUAUAACUGGUUAUAAUACAGUUAGAUAUGAGUUAAUGGACAAGGUGAAAGAAUUGUCGGAAAUUUAUCAGAAAAUAGCGGAGAAGACGAAAAGCUUGGACAAGGUUGUGGACUUCUACAGCGCGUUUGUUGAAUUUACUUUCUGCCAGCAAUAUAAUAGUGAUUGCGUGCCGAUGAUUAAAUACGUUAUUGAAAAAGGAAACACGACGAUCUUUGAAUACACUUACGGAGAAAUACCCACAUCGAUAAUUGAGCCGCCAUUAAAUAUUAAAACAGAUGAAGAUGAAAAUAAUGGGAGGCUUAAUGUGGACGCCGAUGCCAUUGAUUUCGGUAAUUUGGAUCUAGACGGAAAGAUUGAUUUUGGCGAGGAAGUUAAUUUGGAUGCAGAAGGUGAUAUUGAUUGGGGAGAUGAAGGUACGGAACAAUCUACUGCGAAAGAAAUAGAUUAUAAUAUCUCUCUGGAGGAAUCAGGUAUAGUUGUAGAAGCGGCGGAUCACGAAGGCGGCAUGGCUACAGGAUCCGAAGCGUACACAAUAUUAGAUAAUCCAACAACAAGAUCCGAAUUUAUCAAUCAGCUGUUUGAACUAGAGGCAUUUAUGAAAUUACGUCUAUACGAAUUUAAAGGCGAUGAUAAGAACAAUCUACUUAGCUUUAGCCAGAUGCAGGAUGCUUCGUCUAUUUUACAACUUUCUACUAUAGAGACCACUCAAAGUAUGUUGGAUAACGUUCAAGUUAUUCUCUCUGACAUAUUGCAUAGCGAUGUCCAGCACUUGCAUAACAUCAAACAUUAUCCAAGGUACGUGGAUGUAGUGGCUACUGCUUUAAAACAAAAAUUAAAUCUGAUAAAUAAAAUGUUAACACAACAAGAACUCAUGCGACAGAAACAAGAUGACAUACAGAAUCAAACCGAUAAGUUGCGCCUACUAUUAAAACUUAUUAUACAGAGAACUAAGGAAUUGCAAGCAGAGAUAGAGCAAGAUAUUUCUAAGAAGUACAAAAAUAGGAUUGUACAUUUGACUGGAGGUAUAAACAUGUUAUAGAUAAUAGGAGAAAAAUUGUUGAAUUAUAUGUCAAAUAUAAAUAAUAAGUAUCUAUGCUAAGGUAAAACUAUGAUAUUACUAUUGUAUAAUACUAUAAUACAUACAAUAUAAUAUUUAUAUAUUUUAUACAUCUAUUUCCUUGAUAAAAUACUUUGAUAGAACUAUGAUAUUAAGAGAAAGAAGAUUAAUAAAAUUUUAAUAAAAUUUCAAUAAAC